AUGGACGGUAGUGAAGCACAGAUAUCAUAUCAAACAGAUUCUCAGCCAGGAGCAUCGACAAUGCCAAAUGUCGAUACACAACGUCCAUUAUAUACAGUACCUGGCAUACUUCAUUUUCUUCAACAUGAAUGGACGAGUUUUGAAAUUGAACGACAACAAUGGGAAACAGAACGUGCAGAAUUUCAAGCACGUAUCGCUUUUCUUCAAGGUGAAAGACAAGGACAAGAAAAUUUAAAAAAUGCUCUUGUUAGACGUAUUAAAAUGCUUGAAUUUGCAUUGAAACAAGAAAGAUUAAAAUUCAAUAAAUUAAAAUAUGGAAGUGAAAAUGUUCCAAUAGAAGAUCAGAAACCAACAUCAAAUGAAGCACAACAUUUUGAUGAUGAUGAAAAUAAAGAAGAUCCUAAUUUAGGUUUUGGUGAUAAUAGUGUUUCGUUUAAACAAGGUCGUCAAUUACUUCGACAAUAUUUAAAAGAAAUCGGUUAUGUUGACACAAUAAUUGAUAUACGUUCAGCAGCUGUUAAAAAACUACUUGGAAUUAAAAAUGAAACUAAUUUCAAUGGAAAUAAUAAUAAUAAUAAUAAUAAUAAUAUCGGUUUGAAUGGUGAUACUAAAUCAACGAAUGAAUCAAAACGAAUCAUUCCAAAUAUUGUUAAAAAUGCAACAAGUGAUUUAAGUAAAUCAGUUCUUGCAUCACUUGUCUUUCUCAAAGAAGAUCAACCUGAUGAAGAUGCAAGUGAUGAUGAUAUUGACGCCAGCCGUAUAAUGGUUAAACCAAGUAAUGUUAACACAACGAAUCAUAAUUCAGCUCUUGAUACACUCAAUGAUCUCGAUAGUGAAGAAGUAGCUUUACAUGAAUUUGAUUUUCUUUCUGGAGAUGCUGCUACAUCAGCAAGUGUAAAUCAAAUGACAUCAAAUGAAAUAAAUAGUGGUGAUUGGGAUGUUGAUCAAUCUCGAUUAAGUCGCCUUAAAGAAGAAUAUAAACGUGAUCGUCAUGGUAAACAACAUCAACAUCAUACAGCAAAUUCAUCAUCAAUUCGAAAUACUUUACUCGAUAAUGGAAAUGAUGAUACAUCUUCUGAUCAACGAACAUUUUCUACAGAUGAACAAAUCAAUCGCGAAAUGGUUGAUACAAUGAUGUUUCGAAAUAGUAAAAAUUUCAUGGGGGAUACUGCUAUGGAUGGCCUUGAUGAGUUAGCACGAGUUACAGUUUCAAAUGACAAUGAACCUUUAGAUGAUACUGCAGUAGCAGAUUCAUCUGAUUUUCGAAAGAUAUGGAAUGUUAAAUAUGUUUUACGAAGUCAUUUGGAUGGUGUACGUUGUGUUACAUUUCAUCCAGUUGAAUCAGCUGUUAUAACUGGAUCUGAAGAUCGUACACUUAAAUUAUGGAAUCUUGAAAAAUCAGCUGUUUUAAGAAAAUCAGCAUCGACAACACAAGAUCUUGAACCAAUCUAUACAUUUCGACGACAUACCGGUCCCGUCUUAUGCGUGGCAAUGAAUCCGUCCGGAGAACAGUGUUAUAGUGGUGGUCUUGAUUCAAUUAUAUCUGUAUGGAAUAUUCCAAAUUCCGAUGUUGAUCCAUAUGAUUCCUAUGAUUCAAAUGUUUUAUGUAAAGUGUUAGAAGGUCAUACAGAUGCUGUUUGGCAAUUAGUUAUAUCCGGUCAAAAAUUAUUAUCAUGUUCAUCGGAUGGAUCUAUUCGAUUAUGGGAUCCAAAUUUAAUUCAACCAUCACAAUCAAUAUUUCACAUUAUAUCCGGUCAAAAAUUAUUAUCAUGUUCAUCGGAUGGAUCUAUUCGAUUAUGGGAUCCAAAUUUAAUUCAACCAUCACAAUCAAUAUUUCCCAAUGAUGGUAUUCCAAUAUCUAUCGAUUGGUUAAUGCAAGAUACAAAUCAAUUUGUUGCUACAUACGACUCCUUAAAAACAAUUAUUUAUGAUACUGAAACAGGAAAGGUUGUAUCACAAUUAGUUAACGAUAAUUCAACAUCAGAUCCAAGUUAUCGAAUUAAUAAAAUCAUAAGCCAUCCAUCACAACCAAUUAUAAUAACAGCGCAUGAGGACAGAAAAAUACGAUAUUUUGAUAGUAAUUCCGGACGUAUGAUACAUUCAAUGGUAGCUCAUCUUGAUACCGUUACUUCAUUAGCAAUUGAUCCGCAACAAACAUGCCUUCUUUCUGGCAGUCAUGAUCGUUCAAUACGUUUAUGGAAUUUGGAAACAAAAAAUUGCAUACAAGAAUUUACAGCUCAUCAAAAGAAAGAUGAUGAGUCUAUAAAUGACGUUGCAUUUCAUUUAUCCAAACCUUAUAUGGCUAGUGUUGGAGCAGAUUCAAUAGCGAAAAUUUAUGCUUAA